AUGAAUGCCGUGGGCACGAUGCUCCAAAUCCGACGAUUCACGAGUGGACUGAAUCUAGGGAUGCCUCUACAACCAGCCAAGCAGCGGAAAACGGUCCCGAUCCGGAACCCACGACGGCCGCAUCUUCCGGACCCGAUAGACAGCGAUCCUACGGCCCAGCGAUUCAAGCUGGCCGAGCAUCCCCGGGUGAUGUUCGUGAUCCGGGAGCCCGGUGGGAUGGCCAACUUGGCGGACGAUCUAAUCAGCAAGUCUCCAUCUCCUCCAAUCGAGCCCAAAAACACUGCCGAUGAUCCAGUUUCCUCGACUCUCUCACACCCGAUCCUCUCCGUACCUUCGUCGAACGACGCCUCGACACCGCCGGUCUUCCAGCUCCCUCCGCCUCUCCGGGCGCCCAAGACCUACUCCACCUCGCUCACCCCCGCCCAAGCGCGCGAGAUCCAGAGCCUCAGAGCCUCCCAUUCGCUCUCCCAACUCAGCCGCAAAUUCAACGUCCCCCGCCUCCUCGUCUCGAUCCUCGGCCCCACCAAUACUGCCGACCGCAACCAGAUCUAUCUCAAGAAUCAUAUGCGUCAGAUCCGGAAAGAGGCUCGUUGGAGCGUCGCUAAGGCCGUCAGAAGACAGGAAAAAAUCAUCCGUAGAAGUUGCUGGUGA